AUGUCCGAAAGCAUUCUAUAUCGUGCAAAUAGCCUCAAAUAUCCGGACCUGUGGCCGGACCAUACAUUCACCCUCAUUACAGCAGUGUGUGCGGAGGCGGCAUUCCUCCUUCCAAAGGACAUUUUCGCUGAGGCCGAGGAAAUUGCAGAUAUCUUUCUGCAAGCCUCUCGAAACUGCUUGAAUUCUUACCUCGAAGCCGACUUGGAAUACCCGAAUGCCAACUCAGUGGCCAUUCGGUACCUCCACUCCAACUGCAUGCAUGCGGCCGGCAAGCCGAGAUUUUCAUGGCACAUCUUUGGGAAGGCAACCCGGUUGGCUCAGGUGAUGCAACUGCACGAUGAAAAGUCGUUGCAGGGCUUGUCUCCACUCGAGGCGGAAUUACGCCGCCGCGUGUUCUGGAUUGCCUACAUCGGGGACAAAUCUGCCGCCAUACUCAACAACCGCCCCAUUACAAUUCACAAAUUUUCAUUCGAGUCGGGUAUCACCACGGCAUAUCCUACUGGAAUUGAGGAUGAGAUCUCUGUUUCUCCGGGAAACUCAGCACUAGAUGAUACUACGCGAAAGAGUUUCAUUGUAGGGUUCAAUGCAAAUCUACGCCUAUGGCAAACAGCAUCGGACUUGCUUCUUGAAUUACGGCUGCUCGAAAGCCGAAGGGACCCCGGCCUGAUUACGCGACCGCUUCCAACUGCCGAAGAAAAACAUCGAAUUGAUCACCUCUUUUUGCUUUUUGUGACGUCCCUUGAUGACUUGCCGCCAUAUCUACAGCCCGAUAUGUUUGCGGUGAACGUCGAUGAGGAUAGCAAUCAAUUGGGUAACCCGCUGAAGCAGUAUAUCAUCCAGACGGCGAAUCUUUACGUGUCGCUACAUUGUCUCCGAUUGGUCAUAGCCCAAAAGCUCGAGGAGUUCAACCACGCUACGCCAUUGCAUAACGAUAUUCUGCUACUACGGAAAACCGAGAUCGCUCGUGAUAUGCUGCGUGUAAUCCGCGAAGCUCCUUUUUGGUCAUUGCAGGUGAACGGCGAGCCAUGUGUGGAGAAAAUCCGACUGAUUGGUGCCGGCCUACUGGAGAUAAUUGACCAGUAUGAGGCGUCUCCACUGUCGGCUAGAGCUCGCAACGAUCUAUCGGUCUUACUCGACAUUCUAACAAGGCUUGACUCAAAGGCAUCGGACACAUUACCACUGACAAGUGCCGCGCCAUCUGGCCAAACCAAAGCGCCAUCAUGCCGGUUCGCCUCUCAAUAUACCCAACAGCAAGUCCUUCGAGACCCGAGCAAGUUCAUCAAUGACAUGUUAUACUGGGAAGGACAUUUUCACCAGAACAAUGUUUCCUACAACGCAGCGAAUGGCAUGUCUUACGAUGGCACCAACAUUGAUUGGGUAACUGGAGAGAGAACCGUGAAGCACCCUUUCAGUGCAGCCAGCAAGGAGUCGCUUCAAGUCAUGCUCUAUACUCAUGCGGUUGCGGGCUCAGCAGAUGCCGCCCGUUUCCUGUCCCCUAACAACCCAGCUGCAGCCCCCGAAAUGGUAGUCUCAAUCAUGGAGACCAAGCUUCAGACUUAUCUGAGAUUCAACGAGACGUACCCUGGUUUCGGUGGAUUUCUACCUUGGUUUACAUCUGGCACCCAAGAUCUCACUCCUACUUGGGAUUGGGUUAACCGCGUGCCUGGACUUGACAACGGAGAGCUUCUGUGGGCUGUCUACGGCUUUAUUCAGGCCCUGGAAAACACCAACAACGCCUCCUACAAGAAGCUUGCUAGCAAAUGGCAGAUCUGGAUGGAUUAUACCAAGACCACUGCGGCGCAGAUCUUCUACAAAGGAAAUGGUCGAGUCUGCUCCGUUAUCGACAUCAAGAACCAAUCUCUCCCCGUCAAUGACCCUAACCAGUCAUAUGACUGUGAAGGAACUGGCCUACUCAAUGAUCCCUAUGAGGGCGAGCUGUUCACCUUCUGGCUCAAUUUUUUUGGUGGCCUUUCAGACGCGGAUAAGCAGGCAUUGUGGGCGAUCAAGCGGCCACAGUUGGUGAGCGUAGACUACGACAUGGGCAAUGUUGGACCCGUCACUGUCCAGAAAGAAGGAUACUGGUUCUCUAGCCACGAAACCUGGAAGGUCAUGGAGAUGCCCUACUACGACGUUGAUAUCAUUCGGCGUGUCUUCGAAAACGCUGAACGUGUGCGCACCUGCAAUUCUGUCGUUACCAAAGUUCCCGGGAUGUUCGCUUCAGUGAACAACUCCACCGACCCCUCCAAUGGCCAGGUAAUUGGGUACAUCUCGAACGCUGGUAUUCCAUCCAUCGCGAACCAGACAGUCCAGGAACUAGACGUUAUCACACCAUACAGCGUAUUCCCUACUAUCCUGUUUAACAAGGCUGUCGGCUUGGCUUGGUGGAGAAAUAUGGCCAUUGCCAAAAAGGGACAGAAUCCCUAUGGAAGCACCGAGUCCACUCGUAUCGAUGGAACAGGGGCUUCUGCUCUUGUCACCUGGGAUAGCAAGAUCACGACCGUGAACGCUAUCCUAGGAGGCGUGACUGAAUGGACUCGUCAGAAGAUGAAGAAUGAGGGUAUUUAUGAUGAGUUCAUCAGCAUUGCAAAGAACGAAUACACAAACGUAUUCAAAGAUCUCAAGGGAGAAAAUGUCAACUUCUGCCUCCCCGAAGAGACAGUCCCUGAUGCCGGCUUGGAGGAUUUCACUCUUUGCACUUAG